ACACAAAAGAAGAAGACCCAUUCUUUCUUGAGACAUUCUCCUCUUAUCUCAAUACAAAUAUCUCCACCCUCAGCCACCCCUCUCCUAUAAGCAAAAGCCAUGAGACCACUUCUCCUAUAGCCCUCUCCCCCCCACUUCCAUCUAUCCAUCUCCAAACUCUCUUAUUCUUGAUCUCAAAAACAGCAAAAGAUAUCUUGGAAAAAGGAAAAUGUUGGGGAAAAAGAUGGUUUCUUUCAAAAAACUUGCCAAGAAGGUGAAGGUUAUUGGUAAAGGGGAUUGUGAGUCAUCACAACAAGAAUAUUUGCUUAGGGGAUUUGAGGAUGCUUCCUCUGCUAAUUUGACCACAACCCCAACUGGAUUUUUUGCUGUAUAUGUAGGGGAAGAGAGGGAAAGAUUUGUGGUUCCAACUAGCUUCCUCAGUCACCCACUCUUCAAGAUGCUGCUGGAGAAAUCAUACAAUGAGUUUGGGUUUGAGCAAAGGAACAAGCUUGUGGUUCCAUGCAGUGCCUCCACUUUUCAAGAAGUUAUAAAUGCUGUUGAAUGUUGCAAUGGUAGGUUUGAUUUUGGAAAUUUGGUUGAGGAGUUUAUAUAGAUGAGAAAAAGAUUACGAAUAUUGGGUAUGAAAAUACAUACAUGUAAUAUGCUCAGCUCUAUCUAGAUGAUUGGGCUAAUUUUGGUCAUAUCAAUAUGAGUCAUAGCUAGAAUGUAGGUUUUCUUUCUCCCCUUUUUUUCUUUUCUGGGUUUAGUGUGUUAUAUUCUGGAGAAUGACCUAAUAUAUAGCAGUGGCAGAAGAAGGAGAUAGCUUAAUUUUGAGAAAGUUGCGUGUGAACAUAUCAAAGAAAACCCAGGUUCUUGAUCCUGCUUCUUAA